GAAGAGGAGUAUCUGAAAGAGUUCAUGGAGGUAAAUGGAUACAACAUAGUGCUAGGCCAGCUCCCAGGUGAGGAUGGAACAAUUGACAGACUCUCUAAAGAAAUCUGUGCGUUGAUCUGCCCCAAACUCCAAUCUGAAAUCGAGUAUUGCAAAAAAAUCAUAGGAGACACAGAAAAUGGGGUGUAUAUGAAAAGAGGAUCAAAACUACCCGCCGAACACAAAGAAUCGUACCAUCCAAUAAUAUUUGGUGAAAACAGCUACUUCGAUCUCAAGAGCAAGAGGAGAAUGAAGAUGCCAGAACCGCUGAAUGCAGAACAAGCCAAAAGGCUCUGGGAGAAGUCUAGCAAAACAAUCCUACUAGACUACGAUGGCACCCUAACACCGAUAGUUGAAGAUCCCGACAAGGCCGUGCUCAGCGCAAGGGCCAAGGAGAUUCUCAUGAACCUGUCCAAAGCAGGCAGGGUGGUCAUAUGCUCAGGAAGAUCAAAGGCAAAGUUGGAUGAGUGGAUUCCAAAGGAGAUCGAGGUUUAUGCAGAGCAUGGGGCAUUCCAAAGAGUAAGCGGUGAGUGGUCGACUAUA